ACUUCCGAUUUUACCCAUGGCAUUUGUCGUCAUGGGAGGAAAAAUUCGUCAUUCCAAUCGCUGUAUUUCCAUUGUAUAUUGGAGAGGGGCGUCGUCGUAUUUCACUCUCCGUCCCUUCGUUGCUGGAUCCGCUCGGUGAAUUCUCUGCUGCGAUCACUUCAAAGAGAUGAAAGAGAGUAGAGACGGAGUCAGAAGUGAUAGACUUCUGAAAACUCCGUCUGGUAAUUCUGGUCCACUUGUACUGGAUGAAGAUCAUUUUAAGGGGGACUUCUCAUUUGACGCAUUAUUUGGGAACCUAGUAAAUGGGCUGCUGUCGCCUUACCAAGAUGAAGAAACAGACUUGUCAGAAGGGCACAGCAUUGGUGCAAAUGAUGCUUUAGCAAAUGGGAACCUGCGCAUUCCAUCUGAUGCUGCAAAAUCCGCACAAGGGCUAUCAAGCCCUUUGUUUCCGGAAGUUGAUGCCUUACUGUCUUUGUUUCAGGAUUCCUGUAGGAAGUUAAUUGAUCUUCGUAAGAAUAUUGAUGGAAGACUCAACAAUCUGAAGAAGGAGGUCUCAGUCCAAGACUCUAAGCACCGCAAGACCCUUUCUGAGCUUGAAAAAGGUGUGGAUAGCUUAUUUGAUAGUUUUGCAAGAUUGGACUCACGCAUUUCAAGUGUCGGACAGACUGCUGCAAAAAUUGGUGAUCAUCUGCAGAGUGCAGAUGCUCAGAGAGAAACUGCGAGCCAGACAAUGGAACUCAUAAAGUACUUGAUGGAGUUUAACAGCAGUCCGGGUGACCUUAUGGAACUUUCACCUUUGUUCUCUGAUGAUAGUCGUGUUGCAGAGGCUGCUUCUAUUGCACAGAAAUUGCGGGCAUUUGCUGAAGAAGAUAUUGGAAGACAAGGCAUAUCCGCACCAUCAGCUGCAGGAAAUGUAACUGCAAGCAGAGGAUUGGAGGUUGCAGUAGCUAAUCUUCAGGAGUACUGCAAUGAAUUGGAGAAUAGAUUGUUGGCGCGAUUUGACACAGCAUCACAGAGAAGAGAAUUAUCUACCAUGUCAGAGUGUGCAAAAAUUUUAUCUCAGUUCAACAGGGGUACUAGUGCCAUGCAACACUAUGUGGCAACCCGUCCAAUGUUUAUUGAUCUAGAGGUCAUGAAUGCAGACACUAGAUUGGUUCUAGGGGACCAGGGUUCUCAAGCUAGUCCUACCAAUGUUGCACGUGGACUUUCUUCAUUGUACAAAGAAAUCACAGAUACUGUGCGUAAAGAGGCUGCCACUAUAAGAGCUGUAUUCCCAUCUCCAAACGAUGUUAUGUCGAUUUUGGUUCAGCGAGUUUUGGAGCAGCGAGUUACGACACUUCUUGACAAACUGUUGGUGAAACCAUCUCUUGUUAACCUGCCUCCCAUUGAAGAGGGCGGGCUUCUAUUAUACCUUAGGAUGCUAGCAGUGGCAUAUGAGAAGACACAAGAACUUGCUAGAGAUCUACGUGCUGUUGGGUGUGGUGAUUUGGAUGUUGAAGGCCUAACAGAGUCUCUAUUUACUGCACACAAAGAUGAAUAUAUUGAACAUGAGCAGGCUUCUCUCAGACAACUUUACCAAGCGAAGAUGGAGGAAUUGCGUGCUGAAAGCCAACAAUCAUCCGAAUCAUCCGGGACAAUUGGACGCUCAAAGGGAGCUGCUAUAGCAGCUUCCCACCAGCAGAUAUCAGUUACUGUGGUGACAGAGUUUGUGCGGUGGAAUGAAGAAGCAAUUUCAAGAUGCACUUUAUUUUCAUCUCUGCCUGCUUCAGUUGCAGCCAAUAUCAAAGCAGUAUUUACCUGCCUGUUAGACCAAGUCAGUCAAUAUGCAACUGAUGGGCUCGAAAGGGCAAGAGACAGCCUUACUGAAGCUGCUGCUUUGAGGGAAAGGUUUGUGCUGGGAACAAAUAUUAGUAGAAGGGUAGCUGCUGCAGCUGCUUCUGCUGCAGAAGCUGCUGCAGCUGCCGGUGAAAGCAGUUUUAGAUCUUUCAUGGUGGCAGUGCAACGUUCCUCAAGCAGUGUAGCUAUUGUUCAGCAAUACUUUUCAAACUCUAUAUCUCGGCUUUUACUGCCAGUAGAUGGUGCACAUGCUUCUUCCUGUGAAGAGAUGGCAACAGCUAUGUCCCGGGCAGAAGGUGCUGCCUAUAAAGGGCUUCAACAGUGCAUUGAAACAGUUAUGGCUGAGGUGGAGCGCUUACUCUCAGCAGAACAGAAAGCUACAGAUUAUAGAUCACCUGAUGAUGGCAUUGCUCCCGAUCAUCGGCCAACCACUGCCUGCACGAGAGUUGUUGCAUACCUUUCUCGCGUGCUUGAAUCUGCAUUUACUGCACUAGAAGGGCUUAACAAACAAGCUUUCCUGACUGAAUUGGGGAACCGCUUGCACAAAGGGUUGCUUAAUCAUUGGCAGAAGUUUACUUUUAAUCCCAGUGGAGGACUGCGGCUGAAGCGUGACAUUACCGAGUUUGGGGAAUUUGUGCGCAGCUUUAAUGCUCCCUCUGUUGAUGAGAAAUUUGAAUUGCUGGGCAUAAUGGCCAAUGUCUUUAUUGUUGCUCCUGAAAGCCUCUCCACUCUGUUUGAGGGUACUCCAAGUAUUCGGAAAGAUGCACAAAGGUUUAUCCAGCUCAGAGAGGACUACAAGAGUGCCAAACUGGCAUCAAGAUUCAGUUCCCUGUGGCCGAGCUCUAGUUGAAGCAGAAGUAAUGCCGAAACAUCAAUCUCUUUUCUAUCUUCAAUUCAUUUUUUUAUAUCAGUGUUUCCCAGUGGUCGGACAUCUUGUGCCUGUUGGUUAAGCAGAUAGCAAGUGACAAGCAGAUUGGUGGCUAAGGUAACUACUAGUUCAACCAGCUUAGCCUUGUAAGAGGUCAGUUACUGUAGCUUCUCCUUCUUAUGGCUCUUUACCUAGCUCUUCAGGACUUUGUAUUUUGACCCUAUUUUUGUGUAUAACUGGAUGAGAACAUGAAGAUAGUUUUCCCUGUGACCUAAAGGUUUCUUUCUGAGUUUGCUUUCUGUAAUGAUUUUUUGGACAACUGAUGAUUUGUGUGGCUGUUGUGAUUACAAAUAGGCCUUCAUUUUCCUCCUC